AUAUAUAUAUGUGCAAAUAUCAAUUAUAACUUGUAAGUUUUCUUUCUCAGUUGGCUCGCAUGGAUCUGGUCAAUGAGAUCCUUAACAUUGUACUUCCUCCUUUAGUUUUUCUCAGUCUGUUUUUGUUAUCGCCAUUAUUAAUCUUCUUCAACCUCCUCCGCCGCGUACAAGGAUUCAGAAACGCCGAGGAUGUCGCCGGAAAAGUUGUCAUAAUCACCGGAGCUUCCUCCGGCAUCGGCGAGGAACUCGCGUACGAGUACGCGCGUAGAGGGGCGCGUAUAACGCUGGUUGCUCGGAGAGAGGAUCGUCUCCGGGCGGUGGCCGAAAAAUCCCGGCAGCUCGGAUCGCCGGACGUCGUCGUCAUAUACGGUGAUGUCUCCGUCGUUGAAGACUGUAAGCGAUUCGUACAAGAAACAAUCAAUCAUUUUGGUCAACUGGACCAUUUGGUGAACAACGCGGGAAUAGUUGAUUUGAAAAUGUUCGAAGAUUACUCAAACAUCUCUGAAGCUGCUGCUCGUGUUAUGAACACCAACUUCUGGGGGUCGGUCCACGCAACACAUUUCGCCAUUCCUCACCUAAAGAGGACUAAUGGGAAGAUAGCCGUCGUAUCCUCCAUCGCCGGAUGGUCUUCGCCUCCAUAUUUGAGCAUCUAUGGUGCGUCAAAGGCGGCGAUGAUAAACUUCUACGAGACACUGAGGAUCGAGAUUGGACCCGAGAUCGGAAUAACGAUCGUCACUCCAGGGCUCAUCAAGACGGAAAUUGUCAAUCCGGAACUUCUUGGCGCCAUGAGAGGGUUGGCGUUUUUUCCGGCGAUGUCUGCGGGGAGAUGUGCGAGAGGAAUAGUCGACGGAGUUUGUCGCCGGCAGAGAUUCGUGACGGAGCCGUCGUGGUUCGGUGUCUCCUUCUGGGUGAAGACGCUUUGCCCUGACCUUAUGGACAUGUUUUAUCGUUUCAUCUUGAGCCCUAGGCCCAAACGUGACUAAGAAAUCCCCACAAAUGAUUUUGUUCCUUACUAAUCAUUUUAUUUAUAACAUUCUUUUUUAAUAAAUAGUCCAGGACUUUUGGUUA